AUGCCUAUCCAACCGAAAGGAAAUAAUCGCGACUUCCUGGUCAUCAAUAUUGUUCCGGGGCCUUUUACGCUGCUGGCAGCCGCGUGCAUAGUUCUGCGUUUCAUUCAUCAUCACCGGAAGAGGAUUAUUUGGUGGGACGAUUGGGCCAUCUUGGCAGCAUUCGUUACGGGCGCUGGGGCAUAUAUUUCCGGUCUUCUAUGUACCUUAGCAGGCUAUCGCAUCGACGAGUAUACGAUUUCGCAGUUGAAUACAUGUGCGAAGACGGGACUCGCGGGCGAAGUUCUCUACACGGUCAGCGUUGCGUUUUCCAAGAUCUCGGUUUUGCUAUUUUAUAAACGCAUAUUUGAUGUCGAUACGCAAUUCUUUCUGUUUACACGCAUCAUGACAAUCCUCGUUAUAGAGGCUUGCUUCACGUACACGUUCGGUCUUAUCUUCACUACUAUCCCGGCAAAAGCACAAUGGGAUGUCAAUAUCAUUCACACGUCGAUAAACGCUGUGGCAUUAUAUAUGGCCAUGGGCACUAUCAACAUACUCAUAGAUGUAGUUAUCAUAGCUUUGGUCCAGCGGAAAGUAUGGAAGCUGCAGAUGGCUUAUCGACGUAAACUUGUGAUAUCCUUUCUAUUUCUCCUAGCUAUAUCAUCUGUUGCCUUUGGUAUUUUACGCGUCGUCUAUACCGGCACUAUGAACCCCGACAAUGCUACGUAUACUUUGACACUUGCUUGGCUAUGGGCGAAUCUGGAGCUUUUCUUAUAUAUCAUCUGCGCUUGUCUUCCCAUCGUCUAUAACUUCUACCGCUCAAAAUUCCCUAGCCAUUCCAAGAACGACUCAUGGAAAACCAAUGAGAUGUAUUACCCCCAGGUGAUGCAUGGCAGUAACCCUCUUAAAGAAAAGAGAAGCAAAUAUUACGAAUUAGAUGAGGAGACAUGUGCUUCCGAUAAUUCCAUUGCAUAUGGGGCUCGAAACGAAGACCUAAGGAAAACACAGAGCACGGAACCUUUAGUUCGUCCUGAACGAGCUUUACACCGUGACGAGAUCUACGGCCGUCUCAGCAUCCUAGAAAAGGAUUACGCGGCGGAGCAGAGGUAUAUUGGUAUAGGUACUGUGUAG